AUGGAGGAGGACGCGGCCGCGGCGGUAGCUGCGGCGGCGCCCGACUCGUGGGAGACGGCCGACCUCGACGGGGCCAUGAGCCGCCUGCUCCUCUCCUCCUCCUCGGCCUCACCCACCGCGCGAAGGGUCUCCUCCUCGCCCGACCUCGCCGACGACCGCCAGGCGCAGCAGGAGCAGGAGCAGGACCCCGCGCGCGGGGACGAUCCGCCCGCGCAGGUCGACCACUUCCUCCGCGAGGCCCUCGAGAAGCCCCGCGAGCGCCUCCAAGUGCUGCGGAUGGAGCAAGACAUUCUCAAGUUCCUUCGUGACCCCGGGCAGACGCAGUUUGAGUUCCAGGGCCUUCCGACUUCGUACCUGCGUCUCGCUGCGCACCGUCUGGCACAGCAUUAUUUCCUGAUAUCAAUCGCCCUGCCGGAUAACAGCCUGCCUGAUGGAACCAGCUCUCGGAUCAUCCUUCGCAAAACGUCGGCGGAGUGCCGAUUGCCUGCCGUCCGCCUAGCUGAUAUUCCUGUUAAUCUCCCUCAAGAAGAGAGCAGCGCUGUGGCCACCAAAGUAGCUAUUAAGCAAAGGCCGCAGAAGAAUCAGCACGGCGGCGCAGGCGCAGGUGCCAACUCUAACAGAGGCAACCUUCAGAAAAGCGUCGAGGAGAGGAAAGAGGAAUACAACAGGGCACGUGCUCGCAUAUUUAACAGCAGUAGUGGUAGCACUAGUCCGGUUGAUGGAAGACCAGCUGAUGAGGUGGUUUUGCCCAACACCCUACAUAGGUCCACUUCCUUGGAGUUGAACUCAAACACCAGGUUCGGUGAAUUGACUGAAGCUACCCUCGAAAGGAGUUUGACUAGCACUGCAUCUAGCAGCAGAUCAAAUAAUAGAAGCAGGAUUGACAAGGAGCCUCCAGUCAAUAGGGGCAGGCAAGGCAAUAGGGUGGCGAUAUUUCGAGACCGUGACUCUGAUCGCAAGGAUCCUGAUUAUGACAGAAGCUAUGACAGGUAUAUGCAAAGAUUUGAUCCUGGAUUUGGAUUUAAUGGCGGCGCGUACACCAUUCAACCUCUGUAUGCUCCUGCUGUUACCUACAACACUGAGUUCCCCCAGCUUGGGUCACCUCAAAUGUCUCCUGUUCCUGUUGAACAGCAGCAGCCUCAUCCAAUGGCUCAGCACAUGCCUGGGCCCUGGUCGCCGGCUCAAUCACCUAAUGCAGUUGGCUACAGGCCUCCAGAUGGUGUUAUGCCACCCUACAGUCCUGGUCAAGCUGGUGCUCCUGUCAGGUCUUCUGUUUUCAUGCAUGCUUCCCAGCAAUAUGCCAUGCCUUCACGCCCAGCUGCCCGACUGGAGCACCAGGCCGGGCGCUCGUAUUGCGUCUGGCUGAAGCCGCACCGGUCUGAAGCUGCGUGGCUCGAGCUGGAGCGGGGAGGCAAGCUGCAUCGACUGCCACCCUUGCUCUCAGGGUCUGCAGGGAACUGCCGCUGA